AUGCCCUCUUCCAUAGCCGAGUACGUCCCCGCAGCCAUUCUCUUCUCGCCUGAAGAUGUGCAGCACUUCACCAAGUGGCAGGAAGAGCACUGCGUGGGAUCACUGCCUGGGAUUGUUCGAAAUGCCACAGAGUAUUGCGAGUUUCUUGCACAUCGGCGCACCAACGAAGAAAGCAUCAAGCUCAAGCGCGGCAAGGUACGCUCGCGAAAUCGAAACCCUGCAACCAUGUGCGGACACGGUCUGCACCCUUCAGACAUCAUCACCGGCGGGCUUGCAGUGAAGCGAAAGCUUUCGUCGUUUGACGCAGCGAGAGCGAAAGUCGCUAAGGCUCGAGUGAAGAAACACGUCACUUUCACACCAGACACCAUUAUCUCGCCCACCCGCAGCAACGCCUGCUUUAAUCGCAACCCGGCGCAGCGCCAGAGUUAUCAACCUGGUAGGCAUGCUGCUCCGCUUGGGUUGGAGUGGGUCGACACAUCGAGAAUGUCCUCUUCCAUAGCAGAUCUUCUGAACCUGAAAGUAUACGCGACCUGUGUCCAGGCGGAAUUUGACGCCUUGGUCGACGACUCGUCUCUCAGACCCCCUAGUCGCUAUCAGGGUAUACUAAGCCUCCACCCCGGUAUUGGGGCGAUCUCAGCAUUCGCCAACCAGUUCUUGCAAGGGGCGGAAACGGCGCGAGAGGAGAUGCUCGAGAUGAUCAGCGUGGCCGACGCCCUUAUAGUGCUCAUUGGUGAAGACGAUGUGGUGUUGGACCUGCAUCUUUCUGUUUCGGACGAUGUGGAGGAUGAGGAUGGUUAUGGCGACGAAGAGGUGGAUCAGACAAGGUGGACCUGCUGGUCCAAGUGCGGCAAUGAGGCAAAGCCUGACGUUGGUGGAGCAGCUGGUCUAGCUGCCAAAUUCGCUGUUGACGACGAGAAGGCGCGGAAGAUGUCAGAAGAUAGAUGA